UCACACAAUAAAUAACAUCAACUUCCAAUUUUUCUUCAAACAAUCAAUAUUUCAUCCAAAACCGACACAAACACAGAACAAAGCAUCACCUUUCUCUUUCACCUCUUUCUUUAGCAUUGAUUCAAACUUCCAUUAUUUUCAUUCCAUUCAUUGAACUGCAUUUAUGUUUUCUUACAGUUACCACUUUCUCUUAUAGUUCAAAGCCUUUCUCAAGUUAACUGACUAUUAUUACAGGAAAAUGUCUUUUUAACAUAAGUUUUUUACCAGUCUCUCUAGAUCCACAACCUGGUGUCACCUUACCUGAAUCACAACAAAGUUGCGGAGGUAAUCAAUGCUUGUCUUUCUUCUUUGGGAGCUAAAGGGAUUUUCAUUCAACCCUUUUUUUUCAUAAAUUUUUCUACUUUUCUCAUUUUGUCACUUAUUUUAGUCAGAAAAGUGUAGGGAACAAACAAACUUGAUUCUUGUAUUUAUAAGAAAGAACUUCUGGGGGUUGGCAUUCUUCAUAUUCAAUAUAGAUUGGUAAAAUACUGCAAACCAUAGCAAAUAGUUUUUUUUUUAAACCAACUCAUUAUUCUUCAUUGGUGGGGUGAAAAAGUGUUCUGGAUUUUUCAUCCUAAAAUGAGCUCACUUUCACUUCUCACCCUAAGUAGUGUUUUGAAUAGACAAAUCUUGUGAUCACCCAAAAGCCUUUGAAUAGCAAAUAAUUUGUAGCAAUACACUUUUGUUGUUUUUUCGGGAGUGAUGGGAAAAGGGUGGUUUUUGAGAUGGGUUUUUGCAGUGAUUGGGGUGAUGGGUUGGUGGGGUGUGGAAGGGCUUGGGGUGAACUGGGGGACUCAAGCCACACACCAGUUGAGAGCAGACACUGUGGUUGAGAUGUUGAAGGACAAUGGGAUUCAAAAGGUGAAGCUGUUUGAUGCAGAUGAGUCUUGCAUGAUGGCGCUAUCUGGGUCAGGGAUUGAAGUCAUGGUUGCCAUUCCCAAUAACCAACUAUCUGAGAUGAAUGACUAUGAUCGUGCCAUGCAGUGGGUGAAGAAGAAUGUCACAAGUUACAACUUCAGGGGUGGAGUUAACAUCAAGUAUGUAGCAGUUGGGAACGAGCCAUUUUUGAAAUCCUACAAUGGCUCAUUGAUGCAAGUCACCUUCCCUGCACUACAGAACAUUCAGAAUGCCCUCAAUGAAGUUGGUGUAGGAGACUACAUAAAAGCCACAGUGCCCUUAAAUGCUGAUGUGUAUGAGUCUCCAAUAAACAACCCUGCUCCAUCAGGUGGAAUGUUUAGGCCUGAUAUAAGUGACCUAAUGAUUCAUAUUGUGCAAUUUUUGGCCAAGAACAAUGCACCAUUUACAGUGAACAUUUACCCCUUCUUGAGCCUCUAUGGGAAUGACAAUUUCCCUUUUCACUAUGCCUUCUUUGAUGGGGUAGCUAACCCCAUAAAUGAUAAUGGGGUUUCAUACACCAAUGUCUUUGAUGCAAACUUUGACACCUUGGUCUCUGCCCUCCAAAAAGUGGGGUAUGGAGACAUGCCAAUUCUGGUAGGAGAGGUAGGAUGGCCAACAGAUGGUGACAAAAAUGCCAAUGUAGGCAAUGCUUUUAGGUUCUACAAUGGACUUCUACCGAAGCUUGCAUUGAACAGAGGGACCCCACUUAGGCCAAAAUAUAUUGAAGUUUAUCUUUUUGGCCUCAUUGAUGAGGAUGCCAAAAGCAUUGCCCCAGGGAACUUUGAACGCCAUUGGGGAAUUUUCAAGUAUGAUGGAAAGCCUAAGUUUCCAAUGGACCUUUCUGGAAAAGGCCAAAACAAGUCACUAGUUGGUGCUCAAAAUGUAUACUAUCUUGAUCCAAAGUGGUGCAUGUUCAACCCUGAUGCACAGAACCUAAGCAAACUUGCUGAUAACAUAAACUAUGCAUGCUCCCUUGCUGAUUGCACUGCACUUGGAUAUGGAUCUUCUUGCAACAACUUGGAUGCCAAUGGGAAUGCCUCUUAUGCAUUUAACAUAUAUUACCAGACACAGGAUCAGAAUGACUUGGCCUGCAAUUUUGAAGGUUUGGCAAGGCUUACAACAAGCAACAUUUCAACACCAACUUGCAACUUUAUUGUUCAGAUAAAUCCUUCCCUUUCCCCUUCUUUGAGGCCAUCAAUAGUAGCUUUCUUAUCAAUCACUCUUCUACCCUUGAUUUUAAUGUUGUAGGGUCUUGUACAUACAUCAUUAUUAAUAUUAUUAUCAUUAUUGUUAUAGGUAGUAGGAACUAUACACAUACAUGUGAUCAUGAGUUAUUGUACUUGAGAUAUUCUGAAUGUUUGAA